AUGCUUACUACGAGCGUGCUAUUUAAGAUGCUGCUGCUGACCUCGAUUCUGUCGCAAGUGGUUCACUGUCAGCGGUUGGGGCGUAGUCGCCGCGAAACUUCCAAACCAUUGUCCACGGAUGUGCGGGUACCGGCGAGCAUUGGGACGAAUGAAGAUGUCAAGCCGGUCGGUGGCAGUGCAGACGAGUUGUUGCGUCCGGCAGCUUCGACAAGGACGCAGCGCAGCUACUAUGGUGGAGGUUCGAGCGAACGAUUGUUCGAUCUGGGGCUGCUGAGCCGGCCCGGAUACUAUUCAGGCAAUCGGGGAUAUUAUCCAUCCGGAGGCUACUACCCGCAGAGUGGAUACUACCCACAAGGAGGUUAUCUACCGCAGGGAGGCUACUAUCCGUCGGGCGGUUAUGGCGGUGCUGGUUACUACCCCGGAACGAACACGCUCGGUGUCGGCUCGACAACGUACGGUGGGGGCGUCUAUGGUGGAUACGGAGGUUACGGCGGGUUCGGAGGUAAUGGUGGACUGCAGUCAUACUAUGGCUAUAACAACGACAACUACUACGGUAACCGCAACCUGGGCUACGGCUACUACACCGGUACCUCACCGUCUGGCUACGUAGGCUCAACCCUCGUCAGCGGUUUCCGUGGCUAUAACUGA